CUGACGGUGUUAUUAAACACAUAAUUCAUGAACACCACCGCCAUAAACGGGAGGAAUAUCUUAAUGCAAAAAAGGGUUCUCAAUGGGUCGAUGCAUUAAAAAGAAGGAAACAUGCUAUUUCUAGGCGUAUUGAACUACGCAAUUUUUUGCAAAAUUAUGUGAACAAAGCAACUGUUUCACAUCAAAAAAGAAAAGGAGUCAUUGAUUAUGAAAGACCUGCAGAAAAUACAAAAAGACUGUUUAACACUCCUGAUUGGACUAAGGCUGGAUACAAUGGAAUUUUAAAAAAUCAAAUUAAACGAUAUACAUCUGAAUCCAAAUUGCGAAAUUCUAAAGAUUCAAAAAAAACAAAAAGCGAUAAA